AUGUUGAACAGGGGCCCCGCACAAGCGCUAUCAAAGCUACUGCAUGCACGCAAAUGCCUGAUAGCAAACAUAUCACUUUCCGGAAUGAGGAUGAACUCGACAUCUGCUGCAGCUGCAGCUAAGCCUGCGUUUUCAGCGGUGCAGCCAGUCGACGGCUUCGAAGAGACCAUAGCCAAUAGGCCUGAUUUUGAUCACUCUGGUAAACCCAUUGAGAUAACGAAAUCGCCUAACCCUUCGUGGUCCUAUGGAGAUGGUGUCCACGCUAGUUCUCCCGUUGCUAGCCACCACGAGAUCGACCCUUAUUCAUCAGAUAGAUCUAUCAGCCAAAACUACCGCCUCUUAAUAUCUGGAAUUGCACCUCGUCCCAUUGGAUUCAUCAGCACUAUUUCUGCCGACGGAAAAACAAAGAAUCUUUCGCCAUUCAGUUAUUUCCAAGUCGUCGACCAUGACCCGCCCAUGUUCAUCGUCAGCUUCUCCUCACGACACGGGCCGGUAAAAGAUACAUACCAGAAUCUAAAAGAUACAGGCGAAUGCGUAAUCAAUACCGUAUCCGAGAACAUGAUCGAGGCAGUCAGCGCUUCCUCAAUUGACGCCCCUUUCGGAAUAUCAGAAUGGGAUAUCACUGGUCUAACCGAAGCGCCGACAACAACAGUAAAGCCAUCGCGCGUCAAAGAGUCCGUGUUCUCUAUAGAGGGUAAAGUUGUCGAUAUCAAAGAAUUUGAAGGCCACAAGCCGGGUAUGAGCAGUGCGGCAAUUUGCUUGAUAAAGGCAACUCGUUUUUGGGUGCAGGAGGACGCAGCGAAUGAGGACUUUAGCCAUAUUGAGCUUGAUAAGUUACGGCCUAUUGCUCAGCUGGGUGGUAUGUCGUAUGGGCGGAUAACAUCCACGUUUGAGCUUCCUCGGACGCGAUGGGCGGAUGAGAAGCCCAAAAGUGAAUUGCUGACGAAGUUGGAUCAUGAGAGAUCAAGCAAAUGA